AUGUCGUCAUUGGGGACGUCCAAGGGGAUCCUCGAGAUCGCCAAGUUCGGGGUGUACGUCGCCGUCCCCGUUACCCUCACCUACCUCGUCGCCACCGACUCCAAGGCCAUCAAGAAGCUCAUGGGCCUCGGGGAGCCGGGGCGGUUUGCGAGGAUGACCCAGGCCAUGUGCGAGACAUGCAAGCGAGGGCCGUGCGCGUGGGGGUCGUGUACAGCGAGGGUUGAUUUUUUUCCUUGA